AUGGAGUAUCCUCGGAUCCGCGAGCUACCAGUGCUUGGGAACAACUACCAGCCCAAGGAUUUGCACAACUUCUACAUCCGAACGGUGAGCACGAUUCGACACCUGGUCUCAUUUGGAUGCAAUAUGAACAAUAUGACAACGGCAUCUCUUAUUGAGGCAAAGCUCCCCAAGAGAAUCAUUCAAAAGUUGUACGCAAACCCGCGUAGUCAACCACCGGAUGCGGAACGGCUUUUGGAGAUGAUUCGCGACAUCUCGCAUACGGAGAACUUGGUGUCGGCUAUUGUGAACGAUCGAGCGGAAGAUCGAGUGACCACCAUGGCAACGCAACAUCAAGGUUCGGGACAGCAUCAUCGCAGUCACUAUCGAGGAGUCGGAGAGCAGCAGCGACGACAUGGUCAAGGACCGAGAGCAACUGGCAGAGAACCGCAGCCAUGCCCAUUCUGCGUCAGGACCAACAUGAUGCAUGCACCGGAAUCGUGUAGGACGUAUCCCGACAACGUCAGCAGACGGGAUCGAUGCAGGGAGUUGAAUUUGUGCUAUCAGUGUCUGAGCGGAGGCCAUCGAGCAGCGGCUUGUCCUGAUCGAUGCAAGUCUUGUCGGGAAAGACACCAUCAGUCAAUGUGCCAUCGUCGACAUGAGGAAGGAGCCGGCGGAACGAACGGCGGGACAGGGCAACAGCAGAACAAUGGGUUUCGUCCCCCGCAAGCACAAGAUCGACAGGGCCACAACUCGGGACAACGGUCAUACCAUACAAAUAUGAUUGGAGCAGAAGAUAUCCAUGCGUUGGAAGAGGAACAAGACUACACCACCUAUGUGGCCGAAGCAGCAGCGGGCGCGGCCGACGUUCAAUCAACGGUGAGUCAUACCCCAGGACGACCACCAGAGGACGAGCAGUUUGUGACUCCGACCGUCGAGUCAGAUUCCGAGGAAGAAAAGGAUGAUCGGAAGGAGACGAAGGUUGGAAACAGAAAAUGCUUGAUGCUGACGGCGCAAUUACCAGUCAUCGACGACGGCGGUGCAAAGCACAAGGCCACCAUCUUCUUCGAUUCGGGAAGCAAUUUGAGUUAUGUCACUACCGAAUUCGUGAGGAAACUCAAGAUUGCGCUUACUGAGCAGACAAGCUUGACGGUGUCGACGUUUGCAAGCAAGGAGAACAAACACCUCACAUCGAAUGUCUACACCAUCACGUGUCAGCUGCCAGAGAAAGAAGUUGCGCUCCGACUGUGUGAAAUCGAGUUCAUUUCAUCGAACAUCACCACGUCUGAAAUCUCACGAGAUCAGUGGCAUCAGCUACAGCUUCAUUGCACCACGGAUUGGAGUUAA